AUGACUUUGCUCUCUCUCCCUGCGGCGCUACGACAGACCAUACUCAAGGAAGCCGCUCUCGAGGAGUUGCCAUUACGAGUCCGGAGGCAAAACAGUGGCAUCCAAGCACGGCCAUACGUCUUCCGCGCAGGACUAGUGCUUGCCAACAAGCAGCUAUAUGGUGAGUAUCUGGAAGUCGCCAAGAAGCUUGUCUCGGACUCUCGGGACGUUUCUUUCGAGGCACUAGUCGUCAACAUGAGCUGUGUCGACAUAUCUGGACUCCUCAACUUCACGAGCUGGAGAAUGCGUAUGACAGGGAAUGAUGCCAAGUUGAGGAUCCCAUUGCACGUGCAUCUACUCAUGACACACACAGAACGAGUCGAUGGUCACAGUCUUGAUCGAUGGUUGUACUAUUGUCGCAAGGUUGGUCUUCAGGCAACGUACACCUUCGAGUGCGUCGUCGAUGAUCCGCAGCAGACUGGACAUGACUAUACUGUGGCAGAUAUACGCUCACAAAACGACCACGAGCUUGUCAAAAUAUAUACUGCAAUACUCGAGUGGAGUGUCAAGCAAUGUGAUCUCAUGGCCGGACAAGCACAACAGACUUUCGACGAGAGAAGCGCUCUCUUCCAGGCAAUGGUCCGGAUGGGUUCGCAGCAGGUUGCGGCAUCGAUGAUACAUGGCCAAGUACCAAGUCUUCCACAUCUACGCAAGGAGACUGGUAAGGCGAGAAGAAAGAUCAAGGUCUACGAGACUGCUGCGAAAGAAGCGAUAGCGUCGCUGGAUGAAGCUAAGCGCUUGAGCAGUCUUUUGGACGCGGCGGGGAUGUGUGAGGAUGUUGACAGUGGCACUGAAGACUCGAUAUCCACCUUGUGUCUGUGA